AUGAGCUACGUCCUUAUAAAUGGAGAUAUUCCCAAGGUGUGCCUUAUGUUUCUGAAUGGUGACGUUAAAACAGUGAAUGCGACUGGAUGCGAUCAAUUAUUUGGCAGUUUUGAGUCAAGCAACGCUAAUGCAGAUGUGGCUAGCACCGUUACCAAUGGAUCCCUGUGCGCGAAAGUUGUAGGCGGCUUAAUGUGUCAAUUGUCCACAACUCUCUACCUACUCAUUUUAGUGCUGUACAUAAUUCUACUUCCUUACUCGACUUUGUUCUUGUUAGCGAUGUUCUUUGAAUAUGUUGAUUAUAAUGCUUUGAGCUGUGAUGAUUUGCAGGAAAUUGUUUCGUCUACUGAUUUUUCAGCUUUGUAUUCCACUAGUGGCGUUGAAUUUCAAUUGAAAUUUUUAUUGGUUACUUUAGCCUUGGUAGGCUCCUUGUCUUUCUUAAAGGCCGAUGUAAAUAUAUGUUCUGGUGUAGCUGAUAAUGUUUUCCUGCCGGUUCUGGGAAAUUGUUCCCAAUACUAUAUCUGUAUGGAUGAAACCCCUUUAAAGAGGAGUUGUGUCAGCGGUUACUUGUUUGAUAGCAGAAUCCAAUCCUGUACCUUUCCUGAUAAGGCUCAAUGUGUUCAAAAUUGUACCGAAGCCUUGUCAUCCUUUUGUUAUGAUCAUACCUGCACCAAAUUUGUUUUAUGUUAUUCUGGCACUCCUGUCGUACAGGAAUGCUGUGACGGCCUACAAUACAAUGCCGAUACAGAUCGCUGUGAUUUUCCCCAAUAUGUAGAUUGUGUAAAUAAUAUGUGUACGGUCUUCAAUGACCCUACCAAUAUUACAUUCUUGGCCAGUAAGGCCAGCUGCGGAAAAUACUAUGUAUGCAUGGAUGGUGUGGCUAAUGCCCAGAAUUGUUCCAGUGGUCUCCAGUUCAAUACGGAAUGUAAUUGUUGCGAUUUCCCUUCACGAGUCAACUGCACAAUUUCCUCAUUGCAACGCAACAUCAAACCGUUUUCAAAGACCCCUCCCAAGGCUGCCGAUAUUAAGUGCCCCCAACAAGGAAGUCAUUUCUAUCCACAUACUAAUGCAGAGAAAUACUAUUUCUGCUCAAAUGGCCGUGGUGUUGUCUUAGAAUGUACUCCCGGCUUGGUAUUCGAUCCAUAUUUGGAGACUUGUCGUGAAAAAUCAAAUAUUGGACAAGCUAAUAUGUAUAGGAGAGCAUUUAAUUGAUAGCAACAGUUCAUCUUUUCUUAAAAAAAAUGUAUUAACUGCCCCUAUACAUCAAUACAGCGAUCUUAGAGGUUAAAACACAUUUUACUAUAGAUCUUAAAAAGGUAAAAUU